GAGAGGAGGGAAGUCAAGGACGACAAUGGUCCUGGCUGUGGCUGACUGACUGUGUGGGCGCCACCUUCUUCGCCGCGUUUUCCUUCCUGCCGGUCGCCGUCUCCCCCUCGUCUCCUUCACUGUGGGGAGAGAGAGAGAGAGAGAAAGUGGGUGCAGAGGAAGAAUGCCUUGCUGCUCGCAAAUGACGAGGCUCCUCGCUCGCCGAGGAGGAGGACGAUGGGCGGCAGCCUCUCGGAUCGGCGGAAUUAGGGAGUUCGCCGCCUUCGAGGGCUCCCCCCCCGCCAUCGUCCACAAGCGAGGCAUUGACAUCCUUCAUGACCCGUGGUUCAACAAGGGGACAGGAUUUUCAAUGACAGAAAGAGAUAGGCUUGAUCUUCGGGGCCUUCUUCCUCCAAACGUAAUGACUUCAGAACAGCAAAUUCAGCGGUUUAUGGUUGAUUUGGAAAGAUGGAAGAAAAGUGCAAGGGAUGGACCAACUGACACUACCUCUUUGGCAAUGUGGCGUAUACUUAACAGGUUGCACGAUAGGAAUGAGACAAUGUAUUACAAGGUUUUAAUUGAAAAUAUUGAGGAUUAUGCACCUAUAGUGUACACUCCUACCGUUGGGCUUGUCUGUCAGAAAUUCAGUGGGUUGUAUAGAAGGCCUAGAGGAAUGUACUUCAGUGCGGAAGAUCGUGGAGAGAUGAUGUCAAUGGUUUACAAUUGGCCAGCCGAGCAGGUUGAUAUGAUCGUUGUGACGGAUGGUAGUAGAAUAUUGGGCCUUGGAGAUUUAGGUGUCCAUGGCAUUGGCAUUGCAAUUGGAAAGCUAGAUCUGUAUGUAGCUGCUGCUGGCAUUAAUCCGCAGAGGGUACUUCCUGUGAUGAUUGAUGUAGGAACCAAUAAUGAGAAGCUUCUUCAUGAUCCAAUGUAUCUAGGUUUGCAGCAGCAUCGGCUUGAAGGGGAGGAAUACCUGUCAGUGAUUGAUGAAUUUAUGGAUGCUGUCUUUACUCGCUGGCCUCAGGUUAUUGUGCAGUUUGAGGAUUUUCAGACAAAGUGGGCCUCUAAGUUGUUGCAGCGUUAUAGAAAUACCUAUCGGAUGUUUAAUGAUGAUGUGCAGGGAACAGCUGGAGUUGCCAUUGCUGGCCUUUUAGGUGCUGUAAGGGCUCAAGGAAGGCCAAUGCUAGAUUUUACAAAACAAAAGAUUGUUGUGGCUGGUGCUGGAAGUGCUGGAAUAGGAGUUGUUAGUACUGCAAGCAAAACCAUGGAAAGAAUGCUUGGCAAUACUGAGUCUGCAUUUGAGAGUGCAAGAAGCCAAUUUUGGGUGGUUGAUGCCUCGGGUCUUCUGACUGAAGAACGCAAAAACAUAGACCCUGAUGCUCGUCCAUAUGCUAAAAGUCUGAAAGAAGUGAGCCGCUAUGGCCUGCAAGAGGGUGCAAGCCUCAUUGAAGUGGUUAAAAAGGUCAGGCCAGAUGUCCUACUUGGGCUAUCUGCUGUUGGAGGACUGUUCUCUACAGAGGUGUUGGAAUGCUUGAAAGAUUCAACUUCAAGUAGGCCAGCAAUAUUUGCAAUGUCAAACCCCACAAAAAAUGCUGAAUGUACCCCAGCGCAAGCUUUCUCAGUUCUGGGGCCAAAUAUUAUUUUUGCAAGUGGCAGUCCAUUCAAUGACGUGAAUCUAGGAGAUGGACAAGUUGGCCACUGUAACCAAGGAAAUAACAUGUACCUGUUUCCUGGGAUUGGCCUGGGCACUCUUUUGUCUGGUGCUCGGAUAAUAUCUGAUGGGAUGCUACAAGCUGCUGCGGAAAGCUUGGCUGGAUAUAUGACAGAGGAAGAUGUUCAGCAAGGGAUUAUAUAUCCAUCAAUAUCCAGAAUACGUGACAUAACCAAGGAGAUUGCUGCAGCAGUGGUGACUGAAGCUGUAAAGGAAGAUCUUGCUGAGGGCUACAGGGGCAUGAGUGCUCGUGAGCUGCAACGGAUGUCGAAGGCUGAGAUUGCAUCCUUUGUGGAGAAGAACAUGUGGAAGCCAAUUUAUCCAAACCUGGUUUUCCAAAAGUUGUGAUAGCGUUAAUUAAUUUCCUUGGCUUGGAUCAGCCCUUCCCGGCGAUUAACUCAAUAUGGCAGUGGAAGCAAUUUAUGAAUUGCCAAAUUAGACGCAUCUUACUUGAAGAACUGUAGAAUCCAAGAAUGUGGCGCUGUCAUUUUUCCACAAUCUGUGAGUUUUGUAAGCUACUAUUUCUUAAUUAUAUAUUAGGCCAAUCACAAGAUUUCAGCUAUGGUUCUUCAUCAGUCUGUUGGGUUAGGCAGCUGGACUGGUUGGAGUUCUGUGCAGUGCAGCAUCCUGAGGGAUCUUGUGUUGGAAUGGCCAUGCUUGGCUGUCUCUAGCCAAGCUCAUGGAACAUAUUAUGCUCCAUGUGAAUGUAACUGCAUUACCUGUAGCUUUAUUAUGCAAGUCUCAAAUUUGGCACA